AUGUCCUCAGGAAUACUCUGGAGUAAGUUCCGACAAUUUACAGUGCCAGACAAACCGUGUUUUGUGCGAACCAGACAACGGUACUUGGUCGGCUUCGAGGAGAAAACUACCAGUGGUAUUGAUCUGAGAACCUGCCUUCAAAACUGCCUUCAAACCGUCACUUUCUACUGUGCAAGUGUUAAUUAUAACGAAUAUGAAAAGCUCAUAAACUCGCCGUCCGACUAUUACGAAAAUGAAUGCAGCCCCGAACAGAACUCUGAUCAUAAAGUGAGCAACUCGACCACAAGUCGCUCGGCGGUGGCAGAGCGUUGCUUCGCUGUUUAUCCAAAUACGAUGCUACUCAAUCUCGAGUCACACCUCCUUCAAAGAGUUUCCACACUAGAACAAUGCCAAGAGGAGUGUUUGAAAAGGAGCGGUGUCAAAGGUAUCCGACCAUGUGGGGCACUGAACUGGAUCCCACACGCUAGAAGCUGCAUGCUAUUUGAAGUUGGAUUCGACAGGCAGCUGAUCGUGCCAAGUUCACAUGUCCAGUUCAUCGUAAACAAAUGCACAGGUAAGAUGGAUGUUAAAUCCAGCUUUUAA